GUCAUGAUGGUUGGGUCGAACAAGUGCUCGAAUUGCGUUCGGGCAGGCAAGCAGUGUAGCGGCCCUAACGUGGCCGACGCUCUGUUGUCCAAUCUGUCGGAACAGGAAAAGGUAGCGAGGGAUAUCGAAGAAACAGAAAGGGUCUUGGCCGAGACACUAAGUCGUCUCUCUCGACUGCGUUCACACCAACGUUCUUUGCGCGAACGCGGUGCCGAGACUUUCCGUCGUGGGAUGGUGGGUCUGGAGGAGGAGGAGGAGGCGGAGCCGGAUCCUCCAAUGUCGGUGGAACAAUCCUUGGUUGGUCAGGCGCAAGCCUUGGGUGCGUCCGGUGUAGUGGACUGGGAGUUCAGUGGUGUUGUCCCUUAUAACUCGGCUGGUCCCGGUGUCGACUUGGGGUCCUUCGAUUUCGACGCGUUUUUGCAGUCCGGGGGUCCUUCGGCCGGUCAGGGUUCCUCUGGUGAAACUCCGCCAGUUUCUCAGGGCAGUGGAGGUUCGUAGCUGGUUGCCAUGAGUUCUCUUCGGGUCCAAAGUCGAGCCAUUUGACGAGAUACUCGAGUCCCCCCUUCGUAAUGCGUGAAUCCAGGAUUUCUUCGACGUCCCAUCCUUCCUCUUCGUCUUCGGCCUCUUCGUGUUGCGCGAGUCGUGCGUUUUUGGGUGCUGGUUCUAAAAGUGAAAUAUGGAAAACGUUCGUCCUGAGCCUCA